GUGCUGAUAAAGGUUGAAGCUCGACCCAUUUCCUCGCUACACUUCUCUCUCAUUUCUCCUCGAAAGCAACAACAACAGUGACACCUAUCAUAUAGCGGCUGGACCGUUCUACUGAAGUAAAACCAAAGGCAAAUUAACAAAAGCAGCAAAGAUGAUUCUUAAAACGCUGAGCGUUUUGUUGCUCUGCUUCCACCUUUCUUUAUCAGACGUUUACAUGCACAACCCCCGUGGCUCGAACAACCGACUAGAAGAGAGAUCAGCGAACAGGAACAAUGCCAACAGGCUCUUUGAUUCACAGAAUAACAAUAGAGGAGGCUACAACGUAGGAAACAAUAAAGCCAGUGGAGGGAUCAACACUGAAGAGGAUAUCUACUACAUGAAAUACUUUCAAAGCGGUCCUAGUGCUUCCUCCAGUUUGACCAUUGAGUGGACCAACCAGCACGGCUGUGGAGGGAACGAGGACAGCGACCCACACAAACUUAACUGUAACAUUGUCAUACAGUACAUGGUCUCUGAUGUCUGCGAAUUUGAUUCUGAAGAUGAAAACUGCAUGCGUAAUGGCGACAAUACCAACACUCAGACCUUCAAUGCUGUUGGCUCAGGACAGAUAAAUGGAUUCACUCAAUCACAAAUGACACAACGAAUGAAAAACCAAGUUUCCACAACCAGAGGUCUUCAUGAGACGUACGAGUAUUACAAUGACUGCUACAUAAGGAAAAGGAACACUGGUCUCUUCACUGCUGACCAGAACCUCAGAAACAACCAAUACGGCAACAGUUCAGCUAUAUACACUCGUCAAAAUGCUAAUGGAAACCGUCGUGGGUACGAGUGCCCAGAAGAGAGAGACUACUAUCCUUACUGGCACCCCACCCCAUGGAGGGACAUUGCUAUACUAGCUGAUAACAUGAGCCAGUGUGACUGGUACCAAAGGGAGAGCUUCAAUGUUCAGCCAAGAGGAAUAUGUCGUGAGCUGGAUGAAAAUAAUGCUGUAAAGUCUUGGUCAUAUUGGAAUAACGAGGAUGAUUGCGAGAGAUAUGGAGGUCACUGGUUCACAGAGUAUGCUUACAUUGAUAUAGAGGAGGUCAAUAAAGCUCAAUGCCAAGACAGAAAUCACACCAAUGGCCUCAAGAGAGUUUGGGCUCCAACCACAUAUGGUGGUACCCCUCAAUGUCUCGUCCUUCCUCCCGCCCCUGUUUGUCAACCAGCCAAGUGGUCAAGAGUGAAUCACCUUGGUAACAGCCGAGAUGGUGUACCCCUCAACUUUACCUGGACCCUUCCUUACUUUCCAUCUGGAAAUGAGAAAUUUGUUGUCGUGCGUCUGAGAUACAACAUCUCUACUGAUGACUAUGACCCAUUCAACACCAACAGUUCACACAACCAGAACCUUGCUCAGCAGGUUCGCUCACCAGUGACACAGAAUCCAUACAUUAACAUUGGAGCCACCAAUAACAAGCCACUUCGUUUAGCUAUCAAUACCGCUCAAUUCGGUCGUACCUUCCAAGACAGGAGCCAUGUCCUUCGUCUGCUCCCUCGUAGCGAGAUCAGUCACCCCGCCGGCUCAACCUGCACUCUACACAACCUCAACGUGAGGGGAAAGAGAGGAAAUAUCGUUCAGACCUUUCCCGCUGUUGAAUACGAUUUCAUUCCUAACAAACUAACAGUCAGAGAAUCAGACUGCAUCCACAUACAAUGGACAGGUUCCAACACUCACAAUAAUGGUGCUCCUGGCGGAGACGGUCAGACUGGAGAUGCAGGAGAAGGGACUGGAGGCACCGACAGGCACAACAUGGUAGAGAUACCACACCCCAACUCAAAUUACCCAGUUCCGUGGGAAAACUCCACAAUGUGGAGAGGAGUUGAGCUAGUAUGGAAGGAUGAUACCUGGACCAACAGCUCUGCUCUUGAUGAGACUGACAUUGCAGUAGUCCUUGCUAGUGGUGGAUAUUAUGAGUGUUACACUCAAGGAAAAUGUACCAAAUCCAUGCAGUCCUAUACCCCACGUCUUAACCGACUUCUUAAUAACAUUGUCCCAUCUUUCGGUACUGUAUUGAGGCUAAAGAGAGGGACCUAUCACUACAUCUGUUCCCGUAACAACAACUUCACUAACCGUAGCCAGAAGGGAAUGAUUACUGUGACACCAUAAGUUGUCUUCUCUCAUCGACUACAUGCGAACUAAUAUUUUUGUCAUUUUUUAUUUUUUAGUUUUUAAAUGUUUUCUGUGCUGAUUUUUGACACAUUUUAAUGCCAUUUCUGUUUAGCUAUUUAUGUUGUUCUUUUGUUUUUUUCAUUCCUCUUUCAAUCUUAUUAUUUUCUUUCUGUUAGCUGGACACUACAGAAAGAGAGAGAGAGUGCAAUGUCUUGAACAAAGGAACAAAAUGCCAUGUCUGUUUUGUUGUAUUAAAUUAUAAUUAUAAUGUGUAAAAAAAUUGUGUUAACAAAAAUAAGUAUAAAUAA